AUGGCGGACGGUAUCGUUAUCGCCGAGCAUGGACGGUCCAUCUGGGGCUCCGGCUCCUCCACGCACGUGGUGGAGUCAUACGAGGAGGAGGAGUGGGAGUGCGCAGGCUUGGAACCCUUCUUCUUCGACGUGGCGGAGGCGGUGGCGGACCAUGAGAGGCGGAUGCAGAUUGAGCAAGAGAAUGAGCAAGAGAAGGCGCGGCUGGAGGAUCUGCGCAAACAGAGGAAGCAGGCCUAUGAUCGGAGCCGUGAUUACGAUCCCAAGCAGGGUGGCCGCUACAUGACCCGCUGCUUCUUCUACGACUUCCUCCAAUUCGACGUCGACGAGGAGUCAAGCCUUGGACCAGUGAGAUACACCGAUAAGGUCUACAAAAUGGAUGACUUUUGUCCUCUGCUUAAUGCAGUAAACAUUCUCUCUGUGAAGAUAGCAUCCUUGGAUGUUAAAUUUCCAAUACAUGUCUAUGGCACUGUCAUUGCCAGAGAUUCCUUUGAUCGCAAGUGUGUUUAUGUCUUCCGCCGCACUAGAGACAAUUGCCAAGUCAUCAAGUCUAAGACCCAAUCGCUGACCUUGGAGGGCCCAAAGCGAGGACUCGUAUUGUUAGAUGAUCUAUUCAUUGAGAUCGAUCUGAAGAUAAAAGAUGUUCGACAAAAGAGUGCUCAACGGGGUAGGGACAGAGAACUUAGUAAAGGAUUUGUAAGGAUCAAGGGCACUGGUCGGAUCCUUGAGAAAUCCCUUGUUGAAAGUAAAUAUCUUGCUACAAGGCUUAGUACAGUUGAAGUCGGGUGUUCAGUUGUGAAAGAUGGCCUUGAGUCUCUUGUUGCUAUUGAAGUUUUACGUGGAGAGUUCAGCGGUAAAAUCACUGCUUGCACUGUGCACGUCCCGCAUAGCCUCCUGCUUCAUGAUAGCAAACUUGGUGGUAAGAAGGUUGGCGGUGUUAAAGGAGUCAUCCAACUUUUGCAGCCUGUCAUAACUGUGGGUAGGGGAGACAAGCUGAUAGUUGUAAUCCAGACUAGCGAUGGCGUUUCUAAGCGCACCGUCGAGUUUACUCGAAGGAUCAGGAGCUCAGAUGAAGAUGUUAUCACUGUUGGUGCCACUAAGAUGCGCGUUAAGGUUUCUUGGUCGGUAAUGGACUGGUAA